UGUAGCCAUGCUAUGAGUCCAAAUAUUGUUAGUCGCUCCACCACUUACCUCUGAAAUAUCUCAACAACUGUCUUAUGGAUUGCAGUGAAAUACUGCACAGACAAUCCCUCCAACUUUGGCGGUCCCCUGAUUUUUUUUUUUUUAUUUUUAUUUUUUUUCCUCCAGCGCCACCAGCGGGUCAAACACUUAACUUUAUAACCGGAAACCGCUAAAGCUAUUGAUUCAGUUCGGCCUCAUCUGUACUUGUAAUUAAGAUUAAUGCUAAACACAACAUGCUAAAUAUUAGCGUGCUGACUUACUAAGAGUGAGCAUGUGAGAAUUGCUAACAUGAAGCAUGCUAACGAUAGCAUGUAAACUGCUAAUGCGUUAAUUUUAAACAUGCUACACUAAAAUGACAAACAUAAAAUUGGAAAUGUUCCACGCUAAGUGUACUUUGUUAGCAUUUUAGCAAACAUCACAUCCGUAACCCUGAAUCCAGACCACUGAAUUACAUCAGUGAACCACAUCUGUCGUUUUGUUUUAGAAAAACAACUGAGCCAAUCUGAGCUUUGAAGGCUAAUUAAGAAUCCUGUGCAAGAGCCAGAAGAAAUGGCAUCAUAGCUGCAACUAAGGAUUAUUUUCAGUCUUUCAUCUGCUGAUUAAUCAAUUAAUUGUUUUGUCUUUUAAAAUCAAACCAAUGUAUCUCUUUAAUGACAAUAGCCUGAAUAAAUAAGUGAACAAAAUCAGUUCAGCUCAAAACGCUGCUGAGCCUUGAGGCCAAUUUUAUACUUCUGCACCAAAUCUACGCCGUAGCCUGACACACACCUCCCCAAUAAUGUAACUAUAUGUCGCGGCAACGCAGACCGCAAGAACUGUGAUUGGUCGACUUGCAGUCGUCACAUUUCCGGCUUGUCCUCCUUGUGCCUCACCCGGUUCGAGGGUCGUACACACCAUCACCUCAGACGCCUUCUCUCGUUUCUCUGUUUUAGUAAUUUCACAGAAAGUAACUGCUGUUCAACAUCGAUCAGCUCCAACUCCAUCAUGAUUCACUCCCUUUCAGUCGCCAAUGUUUUAUAGUAGGAAACACAGAGGAAGGAGAAGAAGGAAGAAAGAAGAUAUAACUGAAAACAACGGAAUAUAGAAACCCCACCGCCAAAACGGCACAGACGGCAGACAUUUAUGAGUCUGAAAUGUCCUUCAAUGGCCACCGUUGAGGUUACAACGUGGCCACCAUCAGGACAGGAGCUAAGAAAAGCAAAAAACUCCAUUUACAAUCCAACGGGUUUUAGUUUCUGGUCUGUAAUGAGAUGCUGCUAGCGAGCUGUUAUAAAUGAAUAACCAUUAGAUACAGUUUUAAGAUCAAACAGUGGGAAGAUGGAGAGCUUCUACGAGCCCUGACUGAAUUCUUCAGAGCAGGUGGAAGGAAGUGCGACGCAUUUAAAGCCUGGAGUUUCCCCCUUUCAGAUCAUAAACUGCCCGGCUGCAUCAUGAAUCAAAGAUGAGCACAGCAGAGGGAAACGGCAAGAACAGCACACAGAUUUCCAAGAAGGCCAAAAUGAGCGGCGACACCUUGACCCUGCACCAGGAAGGCAUCCCUCUGGACAAGUUGACAAAGGUGCAGGACUACCUGAAGCGUUUCCGUUUGUCUCAGGAGAAGCUGAAGGAGGUUUCUUCUCUGCUGAUGACGGAUCUGGAUCGAGGUUUGGGGAAACACACUCAUCAGAAGGCAGCCGUCAAGAUGCUGCCCACCUUCGUCAGGGCGACACCGGACGGGACUGAGAAAGGCGACUUCCUGGCGUUGGAUCUCGGCGGGACAAACUUCCGUGUGCUUCAUGUCCGCGUGGUGGAGGACGAGCAGAAAGUGCUGAAGAUGGACAGUCAGAUCUGUGCCAUACCAAAGGAGAUGAUGCUGGGAACUGGAGAACAGCUGUUCGACCACAUUGCGGCCUGUCUCAGUGAGUUCCUCGUCUCUCAGGAUCUGAAGGGAAAAACUCUUCCUCUGGGCUUCACCUUCUCCUUCCCCUGCGAACAGAAAGAAAUUGACAAGAGCAUCUUGAUCCGCUGGACCAAAGGCUUCAACUGCUCCGGCGUUGAGGGAAAAGAUGUGGUGAAGUUACUGAAAGAGGCCAUUCACAGGAGAGGGGAUUAUGAUAUAGGCUCAGUUGCUAUGGUGAACGACACAGUGGGCACUAUGAUGAGCUGCGGCUACAAGGACCAGAGCUGUGAGAUCGGCAUGAUCAUCGGUACGGGAACCAACGCCUGCUACAUGGAGGAGAUGAAGAACAUAAAGCGUGUGGAGGGCGAGGAGGGACGGAUGUGCAUCAACACUGAGUGGGGCGGCUUCGGAGAUGACGGCUCCCUGGAAGACAUCCUGACGGAGUUUGACGUGGAGGUGGACAAGACGUCCAUCAAUCCCGGCAUCCACAUCUUUGAGAAGAUGAUUAGCGGCAUGUAUUUGGGAGAAAUCGUGCGGCUGCUGCUGGUGAGGAUGACGGCGGACAACGUGCUGUUUGAGGGACAGACAUCAGAGGCGCUGCUGACUCCUGGGAAAUUUGAGACAAAGUUCAUCUCUGAGAUUGAAGAGCUGGACAACGGUCUGGAAAACACCCAGAAUAUUCUGACGCAGUUGGGUUUGAAAUGGGAUUUGGUCGACUCCCAUUUGGUGCGUCUGGUCUGCGACACCGUGUCCUCACGCUCCGCCCAUCUCUGCGCCGCUGCUCUUGCCACCAUCGCCAACCGUAUCCGGUGUAACCGCAGGCUGGAUCGCCUGAAGACCACUGUGGGGGUGGACGGGACGGUCUACAGGAAACACCCCAAUUUCAGCAUGAAGCUCCAGGCGAUGGUGCGCCUCCUCGCUCCCGAGUGUGACAUCACCUUCCUCGUCUCGGAGGACGGCAGCGGGAAGGGCGCUGCCAUGGUAACUGCUGUGGCGCAGCGGCUGGCUCUCCGGCUGUUGGAGGACAGCGAUAGUGAGGACGACGAAGAAGAGAAAUAACAAGAGUGUAGAGGAUGUAGUUGCACUUGUGCACCUGCUGUAUUUUAGUUCAGAUACAUUUUAUGUGAAUGAAGUUUUUCUGCUGAUGCAUUCAUGUAAAAUUACUUUAAAAGAACAACAAGCAAUUGCUGUUUUCUAACUUUGUAGUGUUUUUGCAUUUAGAAAUAUUAAAGGUUCCUUGUGGAGUUUUCGACCCCUA